UCUCAUUUUCUUUUGUAGCAACAGCAGUUGCUGAGACCUUCUCUUCUCAGACCAGAGGAGUUAAGUAUGGAGUCUGGAAUUGAUCCAGGGCAGGAAUACUAUGGGCAAGAUUACUACAGUUACGAGCACGGGUAUGAACUGCCUCAGUACGGGAGCCGCCGCCGAUUGCUGUCUCCUUCGGGGAUGUACGAUGAGUAUGGGGAAGUUGUGGUGGAGAAUGAUGGUGGCUACUACUAUAGUCCACAUGGAUCAGCAGCAGAAGAGUGGGCCAGAAAGAAAAGGAUCAAGUUGAUAGUCGACCCAGAGUAUGAGACCAGCUCCACUGGAGAAGACAGCGCUCCCGAUUCCAGCCAGAGGAAUCGUCUUAAUAACCCGAACAUUCAAAACAACAUCAACGGUAACAUCUACAUUGCACAGAAUGGCUCUGUUGUCAGAACCCGUCGUGUUUGCCUUGGUAAUAAUUUAAAAGUCACGUCUCCAGUGAGGCUGGGGAAACAAUUCAAGAAACUGGACAAGCUUGCAGUGACACAUGAGGAGAAUGUCCCACUGAACACCUUGUCAAAGGGACCAUCUUCUAGUGAUAAAAUGAACACAAGACCUUGCAGUGUCUCCUUUGCUUCCUCUACUAUAGGGGCCGAAAAUAUACUAACAAAGCCAGGGGGCUCCAAAAUGAAAAGCACAGAAGAGCACGAAUCGGUUGUUGAUAAUGAGGAUGUCAAAGAGCCCUUGGAGUCGCACAGUGAACACACACAGUCAGAUGAAGAGGAGCUCUGGAUGGGCCCUUGGAACAACCUUCACAUACCAAUGACAAAACUGUGAUUAUUUCUUUUUUUUUUUAAUUUUAAUUUUUACUUCAGUUUAUAAUAAACUGCGCUUUUUAUUGUCACUGAGGAAAAUGUAUGAAAUUUGUAUUGUGCACAUACGUUGUAUACUACAAACAACACGCUUUAAAGUUUAAAAAAAAAAUUUGCACUCACAUUUGUACCAAUUAAUUGUCCUCCCCAACAACUAUUUUGACAGGCUCCCAUUUCACUAAACAAUACUUCAUUUAAAUUAAUUAGGUUUUUUGGAUCUUGAUUUAUUGUUUAAUAAACAGUAAACUACUAAUAAAUGCACAGCAACAUUUGGUUGACUUUUCAGACAGUUCUAUACAUGCCUAGCUUGUUUUUCUGUAUGGUACUUGUGGCUAUACUGUUUAGAUUUGGAAAUUGUCUAUUUAUGUUCAAGAUUUAUAUCCAGAGCUCUUGAUUCUGAACUCAGAGUAAUAAAUUAAAAAUAAAUCCAUGAAAGUCAAUGGAGCAAAUCCUCGGCUGGCUUAAAUUUGAGUAACAAUACCAAAGUCAGUAGUGAUAUACCAGUUUAUGCAAACAGAGGAUCUCGCUCAACACCCAGCUAGCAAACUUAUGUAAGAGUGGAAUUGGAGUUUGUACAAGUGUAGCACCAUUACAUAGAAAAGUGGAAUAGAAGAUUAAAUAAGAUAAAAAUUACAAAGAGGAAGGAAAUGUAUAGCAAUUAAUCUUAUUCAGAGUUACCUGGCCGUGGUUUGUUCAUUUUCUUUUGUAAAUUAGCUCAUUCCAAUUUUCUUCUCUAGUCAAUUUUUCAUCUUUUCAUCUCUUCCCACAUCAGUUCUGUUUUCUUCUUUAUACGGUCUUUAGCUCUGGUUUUUAUGCUCCAUCAAUAAUUGUCAUCCUAUGGCUAUA